GACGAUAGCUUGAACUUCGCUUUUGCUGGUGACGACGUGAUCAGCAAGCUGCAAGGGGCGCCCAACUGGCCAGAAGACAAGCUUGAAAACCUUGAGUUGUGUAGUAGAUGAUUUCGAUUGUUGCGAGCUGCAGAAGAGAGCUGAUGACAAUUGAUUUUUCCAUUUAACCAGAGUUAUUCCGUUGGUUGCGGAGAGGUUUGAAAUCCACAUUCCCCAAAGUCAAAGGGACAUGUCGGGGCAUGCGCUGCAGGCAUGGCUCCGAUACGACAGCAUUCAGCGGGACAUGGGCCUGCAGUUUAAAGAAAAGGUCACGCUUGAUGAGAAUGGAGUCCUUCCUGACCUCACCUUCAAGGCUCUGAUUGCGCCUGGAGAGGAGGGCCGCCACCACUGGGUGCUUAGAUUGCGACAGAAGCUGCCAACAUUUAUUGGCCGGAAGCAGACACGCAAGGCGGAAGGACUACCAGUAAGCGAUCCCUACACGGUCUAUACAGCUCUUAGAUGGGAGAGUGCGUUUCCCUCUAAGCUGCCAAGCCUGCAGCUUGUGAGCGACCUACGGCUUCAGUUUGGGGAGGAGUUGGAAGGUGGAUACAAGCCAACGGAGUUGCUAGUCAAGGGGAAGGUAAACUUGCAUCAUAGAAAGGGCACGCAGGGGAGUCGGGUGGCAAUCGAGGGACGACGGCACAUAGCCAACUUCCCAGGGAGGCAUCAGGACCUCAGAGUCACAUUAGGGUAUGAUCUAGGUUGGAGAUCAAUGUAUGCGCAGCUUCGGGAAAAUAACGUAACAUUGAACACGGAUCUUAAAGGUAGAUGGACUCUCUGGUACGAACUCUGAUGAGUCCGGUCUACUGGCAUCUUUCGUGCAAUCUGAAGGCUGCGGUUGAGGAUUGCCGGACUCGGUUUUUCGUUAAAGACGAGAUCAGUAGAUAGGAAGUAACAUGUCGCGUACGAAGCUGCGCUAGUUGCAUAUGAGAAAGUUCGAUCAGAACUCGUUACGUCAAACUUCGUCCAUUCGUUCAAACAGAUUGCGCCGCUGUGAGAAGCUAGAAACCAAAAACGAAUCUCCGUCUCUAUUCUCGUCACAUACAUUUCCAGUAGUUCAAUGCAUGCAGGCUCCGUUGUAAGCAAGCAGCGCUCACAUUGAUGCAG